AGUGCAGUACAAAAUUUACGUAACACUCAUCAAGAUACUUUUACCUCCACGGAUCCACUCCUUCUUUUGGAUGCGAAGCCUGACGAAGCGAAGCCUGACGAAGAAAGGAUCCGCCAAGAAACCAGCAGCACUUUUUCCUCUUCCUCAUCAGCCAAAACUCACCUGAGUGGCUGCAGUCAACAUUGUAAGCCAAAACAAAUACACAACACUAUCGCCAUUCCUCCCUCUAACUUGGAGUUGACAGACUGACUGAGCAACUGUAGUAACCAACCAAAAGAGCUUUUUGAAAAAUGUCGGAACCAGAUCUCGAGUUUACCGUGGAUGUGAAUGAUCCCAACUUGCUGCCAGUGACGUUGAGUCCGGUUGCCUUCCUGAUGAAUGCAACCACAAAUAAUGGCACUACAUCUUCCGACGAUACUACCUUUGAAUAUGUCUGUCAAGAUAAUUCCCCCGAACACUUGGACGUGUGUCCCACCACUUGUGUUGGACUGGACGACUGUUUGGGAUGCGAGUGUCAAGUAUUGUUUUUGACCGAUACCGGUGGUCCGUGGGGCGAAGUUAUGGAUGUCCUAUUUUGUCUGCUACCCAUUAUCUACCUGAUUAUUGUCACCAUCAAACCCAAUCCAACCCCCACCACCACAUCCUUGCCAAUGUCGGCUGCAAUCAUGUUUUUGGUGAGACUCAUGUAUUUGGGUAGCAAUCCGAUUCUGACGAGUGCCUGUGUCAUUUUGGGAGUACACGAAGCCAUUACACCCCUUUCAAUCAUGGCGGGUGCUAUUACACUGUUUGAAACCAUGGAAGCGACCAAGUGCUUGCCCUACAUGAUGCGAGAAAUGAAGGCAUUGACCAAUGGACACAAGGUGGCAGAAACCAUGCUGUUGUUUGGAUUUGCCACUUUGGUAGAAGGUGCCAGUGGAUUUGGAACUCCCGUGGCGUUGGGAGCACCCAUGUUGGUCAGCACGGGCAAUCCACCCUUGGAAUCGGUCGUUAUCAUGCUUGUCUUUAAUACAUUUGCCACUGUGUGGGGGGCUGUGGGUACUCCCUUGUGGUUUGGCUUUGGAAGUUUGGACUUGACGGAAGAUCAAUUUUUGGAAAUCUCCAUGAAGGCUGCCAUUUGCAUGCUCGUUUCCUCCUUCAUUCUCAUUCCAUUCAUAUUGACCAUUCUCAUUCCAUUUGCUGUGGUGAAACGCAACAUUAUUUUCCUGUUUUUGAGUAUUGGAUGUGUCAUGGGACCCUUGGUAGGAUUGGCCACCAUCAACUACGAAUUCCCAUCCCUUAUCGGUGGUUUGGUCGGAUGUGGAUUGAAUGCCAUUUUGAUCAAAUUCAAGGUGGGAAUGGCAGAACAAAACGAUGAUGACUUUGCCGAAUCAGCAAAGCCUGCUGCUGAAAGUACCAACGAGGCUGGUGGUGAGGAGGACGACGACGAAGACAAUAAUGACCCCAAUCGAGGAUAUCAUCGAGCCAUUUCCGAUCUGACGGAGAUUCCUGUCAAAAGCGUCACGUUCCAGGGUACCACUACCUUGGCAUCAACGACUGCACCCACCAAAGAAGCUGAAAGCCACGCUACCACAGACAAAUCGGACAAUGAUGAAACUGCUGGGGAUGGCGCCAAUGCCAGCAAAGAUGACAAAGAAGUUGAAGCCGGAGACGAUGACGGAUCCAUCAAGAACUUGAAAUCCAGCAUGACGGGAAACUGGAACAUUGAAGUACAAAAGGACAACGAUGAGGCACCCAACAUGGAAGAGGAGAAUGAGAACGGCAGUCGCACCGUGGUCUAUGUAGCACCAUCUACUAGUGUCAAUAGCAAUGGGGAUAUUGAAGCUCCAGCAAAGGAAUCCAAUGAGAACGGUGAACAGCAACAACAACAACAAUCUGAUGAAGGGGAAACCAUGGAACCAACGCAACUCUUUCCAGAAGAAACUGAAACUACACAAAAGCCCACUGCGUCCAUGAAACAAUCCUCCACCAGUCGUGAAGAUGCGCUAUUGGGGCCUCGCAAAUCAUAUGCGGAAGGUUAUCUCGUCGAAGUUAUUCUGCGUACAUUCCCCAUCUGGGGCGUGGUCUUGACGUUGAUCUUGACCCGUGUUGAGACCUUCGGAAUAAAACCCGUUCUCAACCAACAGUCUCCCUACUGGGAAGUGCAAUUUGGAACCUAUGGCGACUUUCGUCUAUCUGUGGCCGCUGUCUUGCAGCUGCGACACAUUCUGACAUAUCCCAAUCUCAACUGGAAGUAUGAGCUGUUCUACAUUCCAUUCUUGGUCCCCUUUGUGGUUAUAUCAUGCUUGACCAUGCUGAUUUUCCGAAAGGACUUGACGUGUUCGCCCAGAGAUAUUGCCAGCACGGUGUCCUCCCGCUUGGCCAAUCCUGCCAUUGCGGUUUGUGGUGCCUUGAUCCUUGUCCAGCUCAUGAUUAAGAAUGGAACCGAGAGUCCAGCCUUCUUGUUGGGUGUCGUACUGGCCGGUUGGUUCAAACAAGGCUUUGUUGUCAUUGCGCCUCUGUUGGGUGCAUUGGGAUCGUUCUUCUCUGGCUCUACCACGGUUUCCAACUUGACCUUUGGCGAGAUUCAAAUGAUUGCCGCGGAAGAGAUUGGUAUCAGUACUACUUCCAUGUUGGCCCUGCAAGCAUACGGUGCUUCAGCUGGUAAUGGAAUCUGUCUCAACAACAUAAUCGCUGCUUUGGCUGUGGUUGGUCUGAAUGUCAGUGAAGGACAAAUCUUGAUGCGAACAUGCAAGUAUGUUUUUGCCAGCACCACCAUUUCCACUAUUGUCAUGCUAGCACUUUUCAUCAGAUUCUAAUCGGAAGCUGGGUGAAGCUCGUGUUGAGGCAUCGAAGGAAAGAGUUGCUGGAUACCUCAAGAGACGACAAAGAGCCAUCGGUUGCCCCCUCGGUGGAUUCCCGUAGAGAGUGAGGGUGUGGACUAGAGGAUGUUUUAAGAUGAACAAACAACAGGAGACAUACGCUAGCACAUGAAAUGAAACAAACUGUUUGAAAUAUACAAAUACAUAACACAGAAAUGAGUUUUGUUGUUC